ACAGUGACAGUGCCGGUGCCAGAGACCAUUCGUACAACAAAUUCGAUAUCGACGAAGGGAUUUUCAAACACUUUUUCGACCACCAGAAAGAUGGCAUCAACUUCGUUCUGAAAAAUUGCUUUGAAGGCCAGGGAUGCAUUCUGGCUCAUUGCAUGGGCCUAGGUAAAACGGCGCAAAUUAUUGCUUCGGUUGAUGCGCUAGUAAAGCGAUCAAUAAUUAAAUCCACACUUAUCUUGUGUCCAAUGAUACUGGUGGAAAAUUGGGCCAAAGAAUUCAAAGAAUGGCUCCAAAAACGUGCAGUUAAAAAAAAAAUCAAUGUUCAAAUAUUCCUCAAUGUUCCAAAAGAAAAGAGAGUACGUCGCGUCGAAGAUUGGCACAAAAACGGCGGAGUUCUCAUAAUGAGCUAUGAAACAUUCACGUCUUCGUUGACAGAAUACAAAAACACAUCAAAUCCACAUUCAUCUGAAGACGAAGAUUUUGACGUGAGACAAUUUUUGCAAAAGCCAGGCCCAGAUCUGUUGGUUUGCGAUGAAGGGCAUCGACUUAGCAGCCCGAAAAGUGCUUUGUAUAAAGCUGUGUACGGAGUUCAAACCAAACGAAAGGUUCUAGUCACCGGUACACCUUUUCAAAAUAAUUUCAAUGAAAUUUUCUAUUUGGGCAAUCUCGUUCAAAAUGGUGUUUUCGGUGAGUUAUCGAAGUUCAAGACCGUCUUCGAAGAGCCAAUAAACCAGGGGAAAUUCAAAAGUUCAUCACGUCAACAAGUCGCAACCAUGAAGGGACGAGUUUUUGUUCUGCAUCAAGUGUUGAACAAAUUUAUCCACCGAAAAGACAUAAGCAUUCUGGCGCCGAAACUAAAGCCAAAGUUGGAAUUCGUAGUCUACGUGCCAAUGACUAAAAUCCAAUGUGAUUUACACUUCAAAUAUUUAUAUGAACAUUCAAACAAAGCCCAAAGCCAGGAAGGUGGUGAAAAUGGUUUUUUCAAUGAUUACAACACAUUCGAGUUGAUAUCCGCACAUCCUUGCGCAUUGGGAUUGAAAGAAGACGAAGCCGAACUUCCAACAUUUCCACAUGAUUGCCGGACAUGUCCCCAUUGGUGGACAGAUUUGUGUCAAAAUGUGCACGAUGACAUUGAAUACUCCAAUAAAAUGAAGCUGCUCUUUUCCAUUAUCGAUCAAAUGGAAGACACCCUAGGACCACCAGAGGGAAAGACAGCAAAAUUAUUGGUGUUUUCACAGCGAAUCCAAAGCCUGCGUAUGAUCGAGCACCUUCUGCAAAAAUCCGUUUGCAAGCACACUGGAAAUCCAUGGAAGCUUGGGGAGGAUUUUUUCAAAUUGACCGGGCAAACGAAAAAUCGACAGCAUGUGAUUGACAAAUUCAAUAAAUCCCCCAAAGCAAGAAUUUUGCUAAUGGCAAAAAAGGCAUCUGGACUGGGCAUUAAUUUAGUGAGCGCCAAUCGUGUAGUAAUCUUUGAACCAUCAUGGAAUCCAACACUUGAUGCCCAAAGCGUUUUCCGUGCCUAUCGACUCAAGCAAGUGAACUCAACUUAUGUUUACCGCUUCAUUUCAUAUGGCGGAAUGGAACAAAAGGCCUACGAGCGCUCAAUCAACAAACUGGCCACUUCCAAGCGAAUUUUCGAUAUGUCCGCGGUUGAUAGAAAGUUCGACGAAGAAGACCUGAUUGAGAUGUAUAACAUCACACAGAUCGAAGGUGAUGAGGUAGUAGCCAAUGAGUGGUUGCAGAGCAAAGACGCUCUCUUGCAUAAAGUCUGCGGAUACAAAUGCAUCGAGCAUGAUUCGCUGCUAGGCAACACCACAGAAGUCGAUUUGACCCAAGCACACAAGCGCGCAGCCAUUGAAGACUUCAACAAUGAACUGCGAAAACCGGGCUUCGAAACCGUCCGGUUCAGCUUGGAGCAAGAGAUACCACCUGCUCCAAUAGAAUUCAUUGAAGUCGACACACACAGCUCCAUCGGAAGCGGUUCGGAUUUCGAAGAUAUGGAAACCGAUACCGAGUUGACUGUAUAUGGCUUCCAAAGGGACAUCUUCCUACGCGUCCUGUUCCAGAUGGCGCGAACACUCCACCCACACGUAUUAUCGCCCGAGAAGAUAUACAUGAUGCACAUCCCAGAAGUUCUUGAAAAGCUGAUGCUCGAAAUGGAUGUUGGUAACAAAACGCUAUGCGACCAACUGUUCGAGACUCAACGAGAAAUCAUCAAAACCGAUUGGCAAAUGGCGCAUUUGAAUUCGCAGCCGAAGAGGAAGCUCAUUUUGCUUACGGAAUUGCCGAAAAAACCGCGAAAACUAUUUUCUUAG